UGCUCCGCCUGGACACAUAAUUCAAGGAUCCUGAACACAUAACGUAGUCAUCCGUCUUGCUCCCUGGGAGAAACUUCUUUCAUAUUUCACUUUCUGUUCUGUAACUGGUUUUCAAGAUAAAUAUAUAAGGAACAAAGUAAUCCAGCGCUAUUCUUAACACAUAUGAUUGAUUGUCAGGAUCUAUUACUCAGAACGAAUUGUUAAUCAUAGCUGUCAAAAAAAUAUUGAAAAAAGUUAUUUAUAUGCUUCACAUAAUCGUGAAAAUAUGUCUUACAUAUAUGACGUAUCUUAGUAUUAAAAUAGUAUCUGUUAGUGUUGCAUAUUGCAGCUUGUUGCAGGAUACCAGUUGAUUCCAGCAGUAGUUCUCUGCUGUCAUCGUAGUAGAGGUAACAUGGCCAGGUAAAUGUGAUGGUGCAGUUGGUAGCAGAAAGUUGCAUGCGAGAGUGUUACAAGUAAUCAUCUAUUGCAUCUGACAAUAUACUGCAAUGAACAUCAUGUUGCAAGUGACGCCACUCAAUAUUCUAUUCUCUGGAAGGACGUACUGGCUAAAGAAGUUGUGGGAAACUAGUGUGACGCUGGCAGCCACCGCACUCUUGGUGUACCAAGUAAGCUUCAGCUUGACAGUAUACCUGGACAAGCCAACAAUCUUUAUGUUGUCUCUGGAACCAAUCCCUGUCUACCGCCUCCCACAACUGUCCAUCUGCCCAUAUCCACCUUUCGAGCCUAGAGCGCUGAACUCCUUGGGUCUCAACCAAUCAACUCAAUACCUCCAAUAUAUAGAAAAUUAUAUGACACUUCUCGGCAUCCCUAAUGAGGUAACGGCGGGUGAGCUAUGGCAGAGAGCAAGCUGGAACUUGGGUCAGGUCAUUAAAACAACGUUCUUGGACGAAGAAACGAUUAAUUACAAGCCCUCUGAGACACUCUCAUCUCUAUGGCGUAGGUCCUAUUCCCCACUUGGCCCCUGUUUGACCCUCAACGCCCCUGAAGGUAUGAGAGAAGCCCUAAUCAUACUUCAUGGUGCGCCACCAGUAAAACCUUGUAUGAUUCCCAAUGAAAACGGGACGCUAGAAAAAUACAACAGGUUUCCCCCACAGUGUGAGCGUAUCUCGGUCAUGUGUAACUCCUCAUGUGGACUUGAGGACGCCGUAUACUAUAGACGACUGCGAUUUGAUAAAAUGAAUAUCUACUUCCACGAGACUCCAGUAUACGCUGAUCAUGAGCCAAUGACAGAAGAGGAUACAUGGAAAUAUUCUGACCAGCUGUUUGAUGGCAAUUAUAUUUUGAUGGAAAUAUCAAAGUCUGAUAGCUUGGGAUCUUAUCCACAGCUAAUUGACUCUUCAUUUAUCAAGGGAGCAUGUGAAUCCAGUAACUCUUACAGCCAUUCUCAGUGUUUCCGCCAGCUUCACAUCCACAAAACACUACACGAGUUGGGCUGCUAUCCUCUUUUUUCAUCACUCUUAGGAAAAUCCUCAAAGUAUGUUUGCAGCUCACCACACAUCCUGGAGAAGAUGUUUUGGACAGAAUACAUGAAUAAAGUUUCCUGUCCUCAAAGGUGUAAGAGACAAAGGUGGACCCAUGACAUUACUACAGCUUCUUAUCACGACUUCACCAUCAUCCUUAAAGCGAUGUCGACAGACGUGAGACGUGAGACAGAAUUGGAGACUUACCCUUUGUCUAAGUUCUUCUCUGAUAUGGGCGGAAGUCUAGGUCUCUUCCUUGGUUUGUCUGUCUUAAGUUUUCUUGAAUUCUUAAUAACAGUAACAAAGCAUUUAUGGGGGUUAAAAAUAAAAGUUAUUAAUCAAACAAAGAAGCGUCAUAUUGAAGCUUUAACAAAGUACACAAUUCUGGUGGGGCUUUCCAUACUGACGAGUGUUCACUGCCUGGAGGCUCUACGCAUGUAUCUGACUCAGCCAAGAUUGACGGCAGUGUCGAUAAAAUUCUCGUCGUCUUGGGAAGAGGACGACAUCAUCACACUGGUUUCCCGACGUCUGGCCACUCGUGCUUUAGACUGCCGACCUGAGGAGACACGUCACGAAGAAUGUAUGAUGUGGUGUUUGCUGGAGGGUGCAGUUAGUGGAGUGGCGCCCUUUUUAAAUCUCGAAGGUUUACCUGCCUGCCAGCAAGUUACUUUUUCUCUACCGUCUUAUGUUUACUUGGUGCCUCCCGAGCUUCUGCUGAUGGCGACGCUGACGGAGAAAGUAGAGAAGUGCCGGCGAUGGUGUCUUCACUUGCCACACAAUAAGACGACGGCUCCUAGGAUGAUCAUGAGUGUAGAUAAGAACUACUAUUCAGCUAAUUCUUUGCAACUUAUCUCUAGUAUAGGAGGAAUAAUUGGUCUAUAUUUGGGAUAUUCUAUCUUUGAUUUUCUAAACUACAGUCAGUCUCUCUUAAUAGCACGAAGGUCCUAUGUAUUGGCUGGAAUAUCUAAAAAAUUAUUAUCGACGAUUCUUCGUGUAAUAAAGAUAACUAUUCUUUUAUUCAGUGCGGUUUUGGCUUGCUGGCAGGUUUACACUUUUCUCAUAAAUCAUAUGAUAUCAUCGUCGAUCAAACAGACCCCGAGGGCCAGGCGGAGUGAGUGUCUGUCGUUUACGGUGUGUCGGUGGCCUCCGCUUAGCCUCCCCCAUGUUGCCACCCAACUGAGACUCAACAUUACUGAGGCAGACUUACUAAAGCUUCCCAGAGAGAAGAGACAGCCGGAGUUGUUGAGGAUGUUGGAGGCAAUGCCUGGAAACUGGUCAGUAUCAUUGGAUGAGCUUUGGUUUCGUGCUGCAUGGAACAUUACUGACGUUGUGGAAGGCUUCCAGGCAGUUAUGAAAGAAAGGAAGAUGCUCACUGGUUUCUGUAAUGACUCUUCCAUGUGUCAGAAGGUGUGGAAGCCUGUAAUGACACCACUCAACCGAUGCUUCUCUCUCAACGCUGUGUUUGGUAAUUCUGAUAUUACUGAGAUCACUCUGAUCUUUCCUCAGUCUCUGGAAAAGACGAGUAUUUUAGGACAAAGUCCUCAGAUUUACUUCACCGUGAACCCUUCGAAUGAACCGGUACUGAUGGCCAACAUGGUGCCGAAGACUGCGUAUCAUAGAAUUAUAGCAACGCACCACACCGCCAGUUACAAGCGUCUGGGCCAGGAUAAUGGUGAACGACUUGGUGAGAACAUCACCCAUAGUUCCUGCGUCCACAGGUGUCUUUCUGAGGGUGCCUCAGAUCACCUACACUGCCGCUUACCUUAUGUAUCGUGGAGGCCAGACUUGGACGAAUGUGAUCAAAACCAAUACACUGCUGUGCAUAGAUUCUUCAAAGGUUUAGGAGGGAUCGGUGACUGGAAUAAUGUCAAAGACAAUGAAAAUGUCUCCCAAGACCUCCUUAAUUUACACGACAAAUGUUACAAGGAAUGUCGCCACUUACAACACACAUUCUUCGCUAUGACAGUCGAGAAAGUGUUAGACAAGUACCCGACAGUGGUGGUGCGGUUCUCUGAAGAGGAAGAGGUGGUAGUGAGGGAAGAGGACCGCUACCCGUUGUCCAGCCUCCUGAGUGAUCUGGGUUGCAUUGCGGGCACCACUGCAGGGUUUUCCCUCCUGUUUGUACUGAAAGAGUUAGUGCCGCGAGCGAUGACACGAGGGCAGCCACACACCUGAGGGCAGCCACACACCUGAGGGCAGCCACACACCUGAGAGCAGCCACACACCUGAGGGCAGCCACACACCUGAGAGCAGCCACACACCUGAGGGCAGCCACACACCUGAGACUCUGACCAUUGCAUGAAGCAAAUAUAUCUUGGUAAAAACUUUCAAGUUGUAUUGAGAUGAAAUACUCAUAUGACUGCUAUUAUCCCAUUUCUUGGUAUCAUCAUAAAAACACCCAUCUGAAUAUAUAAGCAAAGGGCUAGUAACCCCUUCUCAUCUAUAAAUUACUAUAUGCAAAAAAGAAAAACUUUUCGUUUUAUUUUUUAGGUCACCUUCCUCGGUGAAAGACGGCCGAUGCAUUGACAAAAAAUAGUAUGUACUCGCCUAUUUGUGGCUGCAGGGGUUGAUUCACAGCUCCUGGUGUGUGUGUGUGUGUGUGUAUUCACCUAAUUGUGGUUGCAGGGGUCAAAUUCAUAGCUCCUGGCCCCGCUUCUGCACUGGUCGCUACUAGGCCCACUCUCUCCCUGCUCCAUGAGCUUUAUCACACCUCUUGUUGAAGCUAUGUAUGGAUCCUGCCUACACUACAUCACUCUCCAGACUGUUCCACUUCCUGACAACUCUAUGACUGAAGAAAUACUUCCUAAUAUCUCCGUGACUCAUCUGAGUCUUCAACUUUCAAUUGUGACCCCUUGUGUCUCAUCUCUGAAAUUUCCUGUCCCUAUCCACCUUGUCAAUUCCUCUCAAUAUUUUUAUGUCGUUAUCAUGUUCCCCCAUCCCUCCUGUACUUCAGUAUCGUCAGGUCGAUUUCCCUUAACCUCUCCUUGUAGGACAUACCACUUUGCUUCGGGACUAGUCUUGUUGCAAAUCUUUGCAUUUUCCCUAAUUUCUUGACGUGUUUGACCAGGUGUGGGUUCCAAACUGGGCAGCAUACUCCAAUAUAGGCCUGACGUACACGGUGAACGAUGCCUUACUGAACUGUCGAAACGCUAUUCAUAGGCUUGCCAGGCGUCCACAUGCUGCAGCAGUUAUUUGGUUGAUGUGCACCUCAGGAGAUGUGCUUGGUAUUACACUCACUCAAGAUUCUUUUCCUUGAGUGAAGUUUUCAGCCUUUGCCCCCUAGCCUGUACUCUGCAGUCUUAUAUUCGCUUUCCCAGUCUUCAUGACUUUGCACUCAGUGGGGAUGAACUCCAGGAGCCAGUUUCUGGACCAGCCCUGCAGCCUGUCCAAAUUCCUUUGUAGUUCUGCCUGAUCCUCAUCCGACUGAAUUCUCCUCAAUAACUUCACAUCGUCUGCAAACAGGAACACUUCUGAAUCUAUCCCUUCCAUCACGUCAUUCACAUAUACCAGACACAUCACCCCUGUGGAGCCCCGCUCGUCACAGUCGCCCACUCUGACACCUCGUCACAUACCAUGACUCGCUGUUGCCUUUCUGUCAGGUAUUCUCUGAUCCAUUGCAGCGCCAUUCUUGUUAUACGUGCUUGAUCCUCUAGCUUUUGCACUAAUCUCUUGAGUGGAAUUGUGUCGAAAGCCUUCUUACAGUCCAAGCAAAUGCAAUCUAUCCAUCUCUCUCGUCAUAUUUCCUUAAUCUUGUUGUGAAAUUCCAGUAGGUUUGUGACACAGGAUUUCCCUUCUCCGAUACCAUACUGGUUGUCGUAUAUAAGCUCAUUCUCUUCUAGGUGUUCCACCACUCUUCUCUUGAUAAUCUCCAUAACUUUAUAUACUAUACAUGUCAGUGACGCUGGUCUGUAGUUUAAUGCUGCGUGUCUGUCUUCUUAAAAAUUGGGACUACAUUUGCUGUCUUCCACACCUCUGGUAGUCGACCUGUUUCGACAGAUGUGUUGAAGAUUGUUGUAAGCGGAACACACAGCACCUCUGUUCCCUCUCUCAAGACCCUGAGAAAUGUCCGGCUCCACUGCCUUUGAGGUAUCUAGUUCACUUGGCAGCAUCUUGCCUUGAUUUCUCCUCUUCCUCUCCUUCCCAUCCUUUUCCAGUUAUUUCCAUCCUUCCUUAUCCUUCUUCCUUCCUAUCUCACGACAGCUCUCGUCGUCUUAAUCCUUAAAUCCUCUUCACCUCCUCCUCGGUUGUGUGUAUUGUUUUCAGCACUUGUUGCUGUUCCCCACCAUUCCUUUCUGUCUCCACUGAAAAUAUUUCCUUAAAUCUCAUGUUGAGCUCUUCACAUACUUCUCAGUCGUUUCUUGUGAUCUUUCCUCCUUCUUUCCUCAGCCUGAUUACCUGGUCCAUGACCGUUGUUUUCCUCCUGAUGUGGCUGUACAACAGCUUCAGGUCAGACUUGGUUUUCGAUGCUAUGCCAAUUUCGUAUUGCCGUUGGGCCUCUCUCCUUAUCUGUGCACAUUAGUUUCUUGCUCUUCGACUAAUCUCCUUAUUUUCCUGGGUCCUUUGUCUUCUAUACCUUUUCCAUUCUUUAGUGCACUUAGUUUUGGCCUCUCUACAACUUUAGGUGAACCAAGGGCUCGUUCUGGUCUUCCCUUAUUUCUGUUACCCUUGAGUACGAACCUCCCCUCUGCUUCCUUGCAUUUUGUUUUCAUAUAUUCCAUCAUUUCACUUAUUGAUUUUUCUCACCAGUUCUCUUUCCCACAGAACCUCGUGCAGGAAAUUCCUCAUGCCUGUGUAGUCCCCUUUUUUAUAGUUCGGCUUCUCCCGUCCUACUCAUCCUGCCUCCCUCUUCACUUAUAACUCUACUAUGUAUUUGAAGCUCAGGACCAGGUGAUCACUGCCUCCGACGGUCCUUUCAUAUGUGAUGUCCCCAAUGUGAAACUACUCAUGGUAAAUAUGAGGUCCUCAGUGUAUGUGUGCGCUCUCCUAAUUGUGCUAACCUAAUUGUACUUGCAGGGAUUGAGUCGUAGCUCCUGGCCCCGCCUCUUCACUGGUCCUUCGUAGGUCCACUCUCUCCCUACUCCAUGAGCAGGGAGAGACUAUGGUGCCUGGCUCCACUACAUCACUUUCCAGACUGUUCCACUUCCUAACAACUCUGUGACUGAAGAAAUACUUCCUAACAUCCCUGUAACUCACCUGAGUUUUCAACUUCCAAUUGUGACCCCUUGUUUCUGUGUCCCAUCUCUGGAACAUCCUGUUUCUGUCCACCUUGUCGAUUUCUCUCAGUUAUUAUAUCCACUUUAUCUCUC